AUGUGACCAAUGAGAUGGUUCGGAUCACUCUUAUCAACAUUUCACGUAAUUCUGAGGAGGGGUAUAAUUGGUAUAUCGAUGACUUGUUGAUAUCAUUCCCAUUAAAAUAUGAAAAUUCAUUUCGGCAUUUUCUCUUAUUAUCAUCAUGUAAUUUUACCGUGUCAAUAUAUUUCUAACUUGUCAAAAUAUCUAAGAUUUUCAUUUAUAUCGACAGUAAACUGUUUGUGUCACUCCGACACUCGAAAUGCUGCACCCCCGGCGUAGUGCCCAGUACGUUCUACUAUGUGACGUCUGUGAAACUGUCCCCCUACAGAGCCAUUGUGAACUUUGUAAUAUAAAUCUAUGCGAGGCAUGUGUUGGGGAGCACCUCUCGUAUUUGUCUUAAAAAAACACAAUGCCGUGUCCUUUUUAAAAAUAAAGGCUACUCCUACGAGCACAAAAUGUUCGAAACACGCCGAUCAACACUGUAAACAUUACUGUGAGAACUGUGACAUUCCUGUCUGUAUUGCCUGCGUCUCUUCGGGAAAACACAAAGAUCACAAGUUUUCAGAUAUUCAUGAAAAACUCAGCUCUAAAACACAAAGUUUACAAAACGAUUUGGAAGAACUAGAGACCAUAAUUUAUCCCCGAUAUGACGAAAUGUCAUCCGAUGUCCAAACUGAGAAAGCCAAGGUAGAAACGAAUUACGGGAAGCUGACCACAGCUGCUGACCAACAAGGAAAAGUCUUACACCGAGAGAUCACUGCCAUUGUCAACAAACGAAAAUCUGAUAUUGAGGAGAUGAAAAAGAAACACUUAUCGAUCCUGAAUAAAAAUUCAGAUGAAAUCACACAGAAAAUUACUGAACUCAAACAUAUCGUUUCGGAUUUGAAGUCAAUACUAAAAUCAAAUGACGUCUCCUUAACCUCUACUUACAAAUCUAUGAAUUCAGAAUUCAGAAUAACACCUCUUAAAGUCCGAGUUACAUUACCAAGUUUCUCUCCUCGGCAAAUAAACAAAAAUGAACUCAGUGAAAUAUUUGGUUCUCUAUCAUUAUUACCCAUUACAAAAGAAGAUGGCAACACAAUACAGUCACCAGCAGCUGCAUCGUCUCCUCCAGUCAAACCACUGCUUGAUGAACCGCGACUCACCGCCACCAUAGACACUGGGUAUGAAUUACAAUUCAGUGUUAACUGUCACAGCGAAGAACAAUUGUGGACAUGUGGGGGUAACAAAAUCAUGAAACUCCUCAACCUACAGGGUAAACUACUGGCAUCAAUACAAACCUGUUCAGAGUACUGGCCACGGGACAUAGCAAUUACACGGGGUGGAUAUCUUGUUUAUACUGACAUUAAUAAAACUGUAAACCUAGUGAAGGAUGAACAGAUACAGACUGUGAUCAGACUACAGGGAUGGAGGCCUUUCAAUGUCUGCAGUACCUCUGAUGAUGAUUUCCUGGUUACCAUGAUUAGAGAUGAUUACAAACAAUACAAAGUUGUGCGUUACUCUGGCUCCAAAGAGACACAAACCAUUCAGUUUGAUGAUCGGGGUCGACCGCUCUAUUCAUCUGAUCGUUAUUACAGUACAUACAUCACUGAGAAUAGGAACCUCGAUAUCUGUGUAUCUGACCGUGCAGCUGGCGCGGUAGUGGUGGUUAAUUAGUCAGGAAAACUACGAUUUAGAUAUACUGGUCAUUCUUCUAAUACCAAGGAAUCAUUUUCUCCAGUCGGCCUCACAACAGACAGUCAGAGUCACAUCCUGACAGCAGAUAUUAAUUAUGGAUGCAUCCACAUCCUAGAUCAGGAUGGACAGUUUCUCCGUUACAUUCAAAAUUGUGAUUUACGCGCUCCAUACGGUUUAUGUGUGGACAUCAGAGACAAACUCUUUGUGGCUGAGUAUGAUACUGCUAAAGUGAAGAAAAUCCAAUAUCUAUAAAUACCGUACUAAUUACAUGUCUCAAUAGUGUUGGUUACACAUCUAAACAGAUUAUGUACUCAUCAAAACAAGGUGUCAAUUACACAUCUCACAACAGUGUUAAUUACACAACUAAACACACUGUUAAUUACACAUCUCAAUACAGUGUUAAUUACACAACUAAACACACUGUUAAUUACACAUCUCAAUACAGUGUUAUUUACACAACUAAACACAAUGUUAAUUACACAUCUCAAUACAGUGUUAAUUACAUCUCAAAACACAGUAUUAAUUGCAAAUCUAUAAACACAGUUAAUUACAUAUUUAAACAGGAUGUUGAUUACACAUCUAAACAGAUUUACAACCCUGUGCUAAUUACACUCCAGUGUUUGCGAUGUGUAAUUAGCAUGUAUUUAUUUUUUGUGUUGAACUGAUUGAACAUUUGUUUCAUUGCUGUUCAGUAUUUAUGUCUUACUAUAUCUAUAUUCUAAUAUUUAGUGAAUAGUAUUAAACUUAGUAUGUUAUUCUUAUUUGAAUGUGUUACUAGCAUUUAUCUGUCUAUAUAAAUAUUUUUUUUGACAAAUUUGACUGUGUUACUAGUUAUUUAUCCAUGUACAAUCUUUUGUGGACUAAUUUGACUGUGUUACUAGUUAUUUACUAUCUAUAUACAAUGUUUUGUUGACUAAUUUAACUGAGUUACUAAUCAUGUAUCUAUCUAUCUAUAAUAUUUUGUUGAAUAACUUGACAGUGUUACUGGUUAUCUAUUUCUACACAAUCUUUUGUGGACUAAUUUGACUCUGUUACUAAUAGUUAUUUUUUAUCUAUCUCUAUACAAUCUUUUGAGGACUAAUUUGACUCUGUUGCUAGUUAUUUAUCUGUCUUUAUACAUUUUUGUGGACUAAUUUGACUGUGUUACUAGAUUAUAGAUAGCUACCUACAUGUAUGUACAAUCU